AAGCCCAAUUUCCAUUUCCACCAACCAAGCACAUGAGUAAUGAGUUUCAUGUCUAUCUAUGGCUUCUUCCAUUUCCAUUGACCCAUUUCCUCUUCGCCUUCAAUAUUCAAAUCACUUGGAACUAACUCUAUUUACAAUGUGGUCAGCCCCAAAUUUGCAGGCUAUGUCAUUGAGACCUCGCAUCAUUCAACCUCACUUCUGCAAUGACGGAUGCACUAAGUUCAGACAACACAUGUUUUUAGCUUGGUCCAGUAUCAACCGAGUCGAGAUCAACCACUGCUUUACUUCACAUCUCCAUAUGCAAUGUUGUGCAGUUUUAGCUGACACAACUAAGAUAGUUUCUGACAAUUUUCGUGGAAAUCGUUCUUUUGAUUCAAAAGCUAGAACUUUCAAACCUUUUGGACAAGCAUCCCAUUCUCUGUUGCUUGGACGAUGCCAAGUCAGGAGUGAAGAUUCAGAAGGAACCUUGAGUGGCGAAAGCAUCUUGCAAAAUGAAGAAACCUUGGCUCGAGAUUUAAGGACUGCUAUUAAAGAGGAGAACUAUGCUCAAGCAGCAAAAAUCAGGGAUCGCCUCCGGCUUCUCCAGGAGAAUAGUAAUGCAUCUGUACUAGCAGCAAAUGCUCGAUUUUACAAUGCUUUCAAGACUGGAGAUUUAGCUGCUAUGCAAGCCCUCUGGUCGAGGGGUGAGAAUACAUGCAUCGUGCACCCGGGGGUGAGUGGCAUAUCAGGCUAUGAUCUUGUAAUGGGAAGCUGGGAGUUUGUGUGGGCAGAAUAUGAUUUCCCACUAGAAAUAGAGAUCAGAGAUGUCCAAGUUCAUGUUAGAGGUGAUCUGGGGUACGUUACGUGCGUUGAAAUGGUCAAGACAAAGGGCAGCAGCUGGGGAAAACAGUUUGCUACUAAUGUGUUUGAGAAGGUUGAUGGACAAUGGUUCAUAUGUAUUCACCAUGCCUCUUAUAUUGACCUGUAAAUUGGGAACGAGAGAGCUGUUUUAGAGUGAGUGAGAAGAGUCUUAUCUUAUAUUAUCAUAGAUUUUGUAACCUAUUAUUAUUAAGUCAAACGAUAAAGCAUAAUUUGUUUGAUCAAACAUUUGAAUAACAAGAGUGCUUUUGUAGAGUAA